CGAGUCGUAACGUACCAGUGCGAUAGUUUGUUACAUUGUUUAGUAGAUUUGUUGUACUACAAUAUAUUUGAUAACUUUGUAAAACAACAGUUUCAAUUUGAAAAUAUUAAAUACAAAAAAUGAUUACGCAUUCAAUUUGUAUUUUGUAUAGGUUAUAAUACAUUGAAUUCGUCUGUAAAGUAGCAUAUGUAAAGCAUAAUAACAUAACAAGUGAUAUUAUCCACGUGCAAUUGAUGCAGUAAUAGUACGUUUGUAAAAAAAAUGGUAAGACAUAACAAUCAAUUACCGGAGAACCUUCCACAAUUACAAAAUCUUAUUAAACGUGAUCCAGAAUCUUACAAGGAGGAAUUUCUUCAACAGCAUCAAUAUUAUAAGUCUACUUUGGAAGUGUUUCAUCUGACACCUAAUAAAUUUAAUAAGAGUCUUGAUGAAAUAGUCAUCUUUUUGGCACAGGUGGCCCAUUGUUACCCAAAUGAUCUAGAAUUGUUUCCUCAAGAAAUCAUUGAUGUACUACAAACGUACAAUACAGUACUUGACAAUGAAAUGCGAUUAACGUUUUGCAAAGCUUUAAUUCAACUUCGUAAUAAAUCCCUUUUGGAACCAACUGUACUUCUCAGACUAUUUUUUCAACUUUUAAGAUGUCAAGAUAAAAAUUUAAGGGAAUUUCUCGAAACACACAUUAUAGCUGAUAUUAAAAAUAUUAAUAUUAAGCAAAAAAAUACGAAAAUUAACACAACUUUGCAAAAUUUUAUGUUUUCAAUGUUGAAAGACUCUAAUGUCAGAGCUGCCAAGAUGUCUGCUGAUAUUAUGAUAGAAUUAUACAAGAAAAAUAUCUGGAACGAUGCAAAAACUGUAAAUGUUUUGGCAGCAGGGUGUUCUGCCAAAACGCCAAAAGUUAUGGUCGCUUGUUUAAAGUUUUUCCUAGGAUCCAAUGAGGAAAAACUUGAAAAUAACGAUAGCGAUAGUGAUAGUGAACCAAAUGUUAAAGAAAUUAUGAUGGCCAAUAAAGUAAACAAGAAAACAAAGAAACGUGCGAAACAAUUAAUUAAAGCAAAGCAGUUGUUAGCGAAAUCUAAGAAGAAGACAUCGAAAGCACCAGCAUAUAAUUUUUCAGCAUUACAUUUACUUCACGAUCCACAAGAUUUUGCAGAAAAAUUAUUUAAACAGCUAGAAAAAAACAAUGAUAGAUUUGAAAUUAAGCUGUUAACUUUGGAUGUUAUCUCAAGGCUUAUCGGUCUGCAUAAUUUAUUUUUACUAAAUUUUUAUCCCUAUCUCCAAAGAUUUUUGCAACCACAUCAAAGAGAGGUAACGAAACUUUUACAAUUUGUCGCCCAGUCUUGUCAUGAACUUGUACCACCUGAUGUACUAGAGCCCAUUUUGAAAACAUUAGCAAAUAAUUUUGUUACGGAACGAAAUUCAGCCGAUGUUAUGGCCAUUGGGUUGAAUGCAAUAAGAGAAAUAUGUAUACGGUGUCCUCUGGUUAUGAAUUCAGAUUUAUUGCAAGAUUUAGCACGGUAUAAACAUUACAGAGAACGUAGCGUGAUGAUGGCUGCACGUUCGUUGAUUGGUUUAUUUAGAACCAAAAUGCCAGAUUUAUUACAUAAAAAGGACAGAGGAAGACCAACAGAAGCAAUUAUGGCUUUGGAAGUUGCGAAGUAUGGACAUGUACCUGCCAAUGAUUUUGUUCCCGGUGCUGAAGUUUUAUUAAAUGAUAAUCCUGAUAAAGAUCCAAGUAGUUUUGUAAUAGAUAGCGAUACUGACGAUAGUAACGAUGAUUGGAUCGAUGUAAAUCACAGUGAAGAUAAUGAUGACGAAAACGAUGGCGUGGACGAUGACGAGGACGAGAUGGAGGGCGAGAAUGAGGACGAGGACGAUGUAAAUGAAAGGAAAGAUGAUGGCGAUAACGAUGACGGUGACAAUAGAGAUGAUGGCGAUAACGAUGACAAUGAAAACAAUAGUAAAAGUUAUAAAACAACUAAUGAAAAGAAGGAUGUCAGUAACCUUAGAAAUAUCAGAAAUCGAAAAAUGCAUUCUAUCAAACGAACAGAAAGAAAAAAAUUAAAGCAGGAAAAAGUAAAUUCAAAACCGGAAGAAAAACACAUGUUAACGAUUGAGAAAAAGGAGAAGGCAUCUUUAAUAUCUACUGAACGUUUAUUAACCGACGAGGAUUUUAAGACGAUAGAUAUGGCAUUAGCAAAACAAGAAAUUACAUACGCUAAACGUGGCGUAAAACGCUCACAUACAAACGAUGUCGAAUCUGGCGAAUUUGUCAAAUUAUCAGAUAUCGAAAAUAUAUAUAAGAAACGAAAACACGACAAACAAGCUCGCAUUGAAUCUGUAAAGAGAGGACAAGAAGGAAGAGAAAGAUUCGGUUACAAAGAUGGUCGACAGAAUCCGCUUUGCAGUAAAACAAAUCGUGAGAAGAAGAAAACAAAAGCUUUUCAAAUGUUAAAGCAUAAAGUAAAAGGAAAAGUAAAGCGUUCAUUUAAAGAAAAGCAAAUUGCUUUAAGAAAUCAUUUAUUGAAGCAGAAAAGAAUGAAAUGAUUAUAGCUAAUAAAGUGCUUUAUGUGCAUAAGUUAUGCGUCGAUAUUAUUUUCAGUUGUAAGUUCGUUUUAUGUUCUUCAAUUGCUAAUAUUCAUAGAUCGUUGAUGAGAAGCGAGUUAUUAAUAAACUAUCUGUGCAGUUCAUAGAUUUUUGAGAA